AAAAAUACUUGAACUUUCACUUUCGUAUUAAUUUUUUCAUUGAGACGAUCGACUAUAAAUACUCAGACCGAAUCAACAUGGAUCAACACAACUUCUCCAUCUCUCUCCAAUAGGACUAAUCAGCUCAAUUCUUUUACAAGCAUCAUGAAGGUGAUCGCUCUUGUUUUGUGCAUGGCCGCCGCCGCCAUGGCUCAAUACCACGGACAUGGAUAUGCUCCAGCUCCAGCACCAGCUCACCAGGUUGUCCAUGUUCAACCUGCUGCUCACCAUGCUUCAUCCCAAGGACAUGCCUAUGGUGCUCACGGACAAGCCGCCUCUGGAUACGCCGCCCAUGGAGCUAACAGCCAUGCCGACCGUGGACACUAUGCUGACCGUGCUCACGCCGCCCAUGGUCACCAUAACGCUGGUGGAUACGCUGCCCAUGAUGCCCAGGCUGCUCAAGCUUCCAACUAUGGCAAAUACAGAAACACCGGAGCUUACGCUCACGAUAAGGGAACUGGAUACGAAAAGGCAUACGCUUACGACAAGAAAGCCGGACACCACGCAGUCCUCGCUGACCACGGUGCCCAAUCUUCCAGCCACGCUACCGCUGACAAGGCCGCACACCACAAUGUUGGAGCUUACGCUCAAGCCGGACACAACAAAUACGGAUCCCAUGACAGACAAGCAGCUCAAUCUCAUGGAGUUCAAGCUCACCAAGCCUCUGCUCAUGGUCAACAUGGAAGCGGACACCAACAAAUGUACUUCCAAGGACCCGGAUACGCAUACAAAUACUAAAUACCAUCCAACUGAUAUUCGAUUGAACCCGAAUUUACUGAAAUGGACUGGACCAACUGUAACUCGUCUGUUGUUAUUAAUUUAUUACCUUCUUGUUGUUUGUAAGAAAAAUAUAAAAAUCAUUCAAUAAAAAAUUUAAAAGAAAA